UCUCUCUGUCUCUGCCAUUUUCAUUUCAUUUUCCACAAGACCAAACGCUGGCUGACGAUCGAUGCCAGAGCUCUCCUAUAAAUCCCACCUGAAUUAAUUAUUCCCAGUAGCUUUCCGCAGAAUCUCUCUUCCCAGAUUCUCCAAACGGUGACUGUCUCCCUCCGUCUUUCACACUGCUGCAGAUCUAGGGUCUUGCUGCAGCUCCCUUUUUGCGCGAUAAAGUAUGUCCGGCUGAGAUCCAGAAAAACUGGGGCGGGGCUUGGAGAGAGCGGUGAGCUUUGAAGAUGAGUGAAAGCCAGAGGUUCCAGCUGGGGACCGUUGGGGCUUUGAGUUUGUCGGUGGUGUCGUCGGUCUCGAUCGUGAUUUGCAACAAGGCGCUCAUUAGCACGCUUGGUUUUACAUUUGCCACAACCUUGACAAGUUGGCAUCUUCUUGUCACUUUUUGCUCUCUUCAUGUGGCGUUAUGGAUGAAAUUGUUUGAACACAAGCCUUUUGAUCCAAGAGCUGUAAUGGGUUUUGGCAUACUAAAUGGAAUCUCCAUUGGACUAUUAAAUCUUAGCUUGGGCUUCAAUUCUGUUGGGUUUUACCAGAUGACAAAACUGGCGAUUAUUCCCUGCACUGUUCUCUUGGAGACUCUCUUCUUUAUGAAGAAAUUCAGUAGGAGUAUCCAAUUUUCACUCACCAUCCUGCUUUUUGGUGUCGGAAUUGCUACGGUGACUGAUCUUCAGCUCAAUACCCUGGGUUCUUUCUUGUCCCUGCUUGCUGUUAUCACAACCUGUGUUGCUCAGAUUAUGACCAAUGCUAUUCAGAAGAAGUUCAAAGUUUCUUCUACCCAACUUCUCUAUCAGUCUUGUCCCUAUCAGGCAAUAACUUUGUUCAUUGUAGGCCCGUUUCUGGAUGGACUUUUGACUAAUCGGAAUGUUUUUGCUUUCAAAUAUACCCCUCAAGUGCUGUUCUUCAUCGUUCUAUCCUGCCUGAUUGCUGUCUCUGUAAACUUCAGUACCUUUCUGGUUAUUGGAAAGACAUCUCCAGUCACCUAUCAAGUCCUUGGACAUCUGAAAACAUGCCUAGUUUUGGCGUUUGGCUAUGUUUUACUUCAUGACCCAUUUAGCUGGCGAAAUAUUUUAGGAAUCCUGGUUGCUGUAGUUGGGAUGGUACUCUAUUCUUACUGUUGCUCUCUUGAGAGCCAGCAGAAGGCUAAUGAAGCAUCUGCACCUUUGUCCCAGGCAAAGGAAAGUGAAUCUGAUCCCCUUUUAAGUGUAGAAAAUGGAGCUACGAUCUUAGGUGAUGGCGUUGAUCCGAAGGCUCCCACAUGGAAUUCAAACAAGGAUCUGCAUGCAUAAAGCCUUUGUAAUCGUUAAUAUUAUUUUGCGUCGAAAUCGGUAGAAAAACCAGUCCAGUGAUGAAGAUGUUACUGGUAAGGUCACCCAGAGUAAGUUAUGUCAGAUUACAACUAUUCUGUAAUGACUUGUUACAAUUAAGAGGAAAGGGGAAGAGAGAGGGGAGAGAGAUAGUGUCCGAGUCUCCCGAUUAUAGCGGUUUUGGGCAGUAUUUUUGAACCAAUCAGGUGCAUAUCGGAGUUUAAUGUCUUGUAUACUAUUAUUUCGAAACACUGAACAAUUUUCGUAGAUGUUUUCUGUUUAUUUGUAUGGUAUAUUCAUUAUUUUUUGAAAA